UUGGCUACGAACUUACUCAAAAUGAAGAAAAUAGAAUUCAGUCCUAGAAGGGGAACUCUUUUCCGCGUGAAAGGUUCGAAGUAUAGCUUCGAAGAUUUGCUAGGAGAUGGGGGGCAUGGCAAGGUUUACUCAGCAAUAAUGAUGAAUGAUGAAGGACAAGAAAAGAAAGUUGCCAUAAAGAUUGAGAAUUAUGAUCAUUUAAUGUUACACACUGAAGUAAGAGUUCUUCGAACAGCAGGUCGUACAGGCGGAAAACAUUUUUGUGAACUUAUCGGACACGGAAUAAUUCCAAGAACAAUAUCGUUCAUGAUUAUGACUCUACUCGGACCUGAUCUUCAUAAGCUACGACAUUCUAUGGAAUGCAAAAGAUUCUCGCUACCGACGGUCCUCAAUAUUGCGGAGCAAACUCUGGAGGCUAUCCAAGAACUUCAUGCUUUGGGAAUUAUCUCUCGAGACAUAAAACCUGGGAACUUUGCUCCUGGACAUCCAGAAAACCGGCAAGAACAAACGAUUUUCAUUUAUGAUUUCGGUCUAUCUAAGAAAUAUGUGGACAAGCACGAUAUGCUUAUCGCACCUAGAAGUGACAUAGGUUGGAGAGGGACUGAUAGAUAUGGAAGCCUGGUCGCCCACUUGCGUCAAGAUUUAUCACGCAGAGAUGAUCUCGAAAGUUGGUUCUAUAUGCUGGUUGAGAUCACACAAGGGUCUUUGCCUUGGAGAGGAUUUAUUAACAGAGAGGAAGUUCAGAAAUCAAAACAGGCAUUUCGCAAUAGAAAUAGACAAAAAUAUUUGUCUCACUGCCCUCAACAAUUUGACGAAAUUUUGAAACUUAUCGAUGGGUACAGCUUCAGCAGUAUUCCUGAUUAUCACAGAAUAUUCAAUAUUCUAAAAGAAAUCAAGAGAGAAGCUAAAAUAGAAGAUUAUCCCCCUUUCGAUUGGGACCUCCCAAGCUCUUCAAGUUGA